GGCGCGCAGAGGCUACUUAGGAGCCCUGCGGGGCCCGUCAUGGCAGCGGCUGCGGUGCGGUUGGUGCGCCGAGGAGCCGCCGGCGUCACCCAGGGGCUGCUGCGCGGGCGGGCGAGGAGCAGAGGAAGCGGCAGAGAGGUUUUUGAAAAGUUAACUGUUUUAAGAAGAGGCCUUACACUGUCAUUGGGGACCUUUGUGGGUUAUGAAGCUUUUAAUUUGAUUUCUUGUGUUACUGAAGUGCACGCAAGUUUCAAAGCUGAAGAAAUCUUAGAUCAAGCAGACUACCUGUAUGGGAGUGGGGAAACUGAAAAGCUCUAUCAGUUGCUGGUCCAGCACAAAAACAGUGAGGAUGCAGAAUUACUGUGGCGUCUGGCACGAGCAUCUCGCGAUCUAGCCCAGCUUAGUAGAACAUCUGCAGAGGAGAAAAAGCAACUGAUUUAUGAAGCUCUUGAAUAUGCAAAGAAGGCACUAGAAAAAAAUGAGUCAAAUUUUGCAGCCCACAAGUGGUAUGCUAUCUGCAUCAGUGAUGUUGGGGAAUAUGAAGGAAUUAAGGCAAAGAUUGCAAGUGCUUUUAUUAUCAAGGAACAUUUCCAGAAAGCAAUCGAACUGAAUCCCAAAGAUGCUACUUCAGUUCACCUUAUGGGCAUUUGGUGUUACUCUUUUGCUGACAUGCCAUGGUACCAAAGCAAAAUAGCUGCAGUGCUAUUUGCUACACCACCAAGCUCCACCUAUGAAGAGGCCCUUCACUACUUUCAGAUGGCUGAAAAAGCUGAACCAAACUUCUACAGUAAAAAUUUGCUGUAUCUAGGGAAGACGUACUUGAAGUUAAACAACAAAAAGAUGGCCCUUUUGUGGUUAACAAAAGCCAAGGAAUAUCCAGCACACACAGAGGAGGAUACGCAGGUAGGAAAAAUAAGAACUGUGUGAAAAGUCCUGUGAUAUUUCAGUGGUUGAACAUAUGUAAAAACAAUUUCAGACUAAAGUGAAGUUUGUAGCUAUGUUUGGAUUCCAGCAAAUCCUGUUGCUUUAGUAACUGCAUGUCUCAGAAACAUUGCUUUUUCAUUAGUUUAAUUUGUGUUCCUUACAUGGUAUUUUCUGGCAUUGAUGCAUAUUAAUUCUUAAUUAAUGGUACUGUUGCAGUUAAAAAGAAUCCAGAUUGUUGUUGGAACCAACAAGACACUGACAAGUCUGAGAUUUGUGAGGGGAACUCUUAACAGAGUCUGAUUUGGGGACAGAUUGAAAAUGGAAUAAAUCAGGCUUUGAUGUAGAAUCAAGUGGUUGAACAAAGCUGAGUUAACCACACACAGUCACUAUGCCUUUAUUCUUGUUGAUGUCGGUAUGCUUUGGAGCCACCUGUCCAGUUAGAUCUCUCAUGCUAAAGGAGUGAAUGCUGAUUACUUCACAAUGUUUAGAAAGUUGUCAUAUAAACAUGCAUAUUCUGAAAGCAACUAUAGCAAGUA